AUGGGCGAAGCAAUUCCUUCCACCGUCACCGCCACCGCCACCACUACACCGCCGCAACCACCACCACCACCACAAAUAACCACUCCCAUAAAACACACCAAAAAACUAACCCUAAUCCCUCUAAUAUUCCUCAUCUACUUCGAAGUAGCCGGCGGCCCAUACGGCGAAGAACCCGCCGUCCAAGCCGCCGGCCCUCUCUUCGCCCUUCUCGGCUUCCUCAUCUUCCCAUUCAUCUGGAGCAUUCCAGAAGCUCUAAUAACCGCCGAAUUAACCACCGCUUAUCCCGGAAACGGUGGUUUCGUAGUAUGGGCCGAAAAAGCUUUUGGCCCAUUAGCAGGCUCCCUUAUGGGAACCUGGAAGUUUCUCAGCGGUGUCAUCAACAUAGCAGCUUUUCCUAUUCUCUGCAUCGAUUACAUGGAAAAGCUGUUUCCAGUUUUCGGAUCUGGUUGGCCUCGGAACAUCGCAAUUCUCUUAUCAACUCUUUCACUUUCGUUCGUGAAUUACAUCGGUUUAACCAUCGUUGGUUACGUUGCAGUUGGUUUAGGAGUUAUCUCAUUAGCACCUUUUAUCUUAAUGUCACUCAUUGCUAUCCCUCAAAUUAAGCCUCAUAAAUGGAUUAGUUUGGGUCAAAAGGGUGUUAAGAAAGAUUGGAAUCUCUACUUCAAUACGCUUUUUUGGAAUUUGAAUUUCUGGGAUAAUGUUAGUACUUUAGCCGGUGAAGUGGAAGAGCCAGCGAAAACUUUUCCGUUGGCCCUUCUUGUAUCUGUUAUAUUCACUUGUGUUUCUUAUUUGAUUCCGCUUUUCGCUGUUAUUGGAGCUGUGAAUGUUGAUCAAUCCGAAUGGGAAAACGGGUUUCAUGCUCAAGCGGCUGAGAUGAUUGCUGGCAAAUGGUUGAAAAUUUGGAUCGAAAUCGGUGCUGUUUUAUCAGCUAUCGGUCUAUUCGAAGCUCAGUUAAGUAGUAGUGCUUACCAGGUUUCUGGCAUGGCUGAAAUUGGGAUUUUACCUAAGUUUUGCGGAGUUAGGUCAAAAUGGUUCAAUACUCCUUGGUUGGGAAUUUUGGUUUCUACAUUGAUAACAAUUGGGGUUUCUUAUAUGAAUUUUACUGAUAUUGUAUCAUCUGCUAAUUUUUUGUAUAGCUUGGGUAUGAUUUUGGAGUUUUCUUCUUUUCUUUGGUUGAGAUGGAAGAAGCCAUUGAUUGAGAGACCUUAUAAGGUGCCUAUGAAUAUGCCUAUGUUGGUGGUUAUGUGUUUGAUACCUUCUGGUUUUCUUGUUUUCAUUAUGGCUAUUGCUACUAAGAUUGUGUUUUUGGUUAGUGGUUUGAUGACUGUAGGUGGGAUUGCUUUUUUCUUGUUUAUAAGGUUAUGUAAGAGCAAGAAUUGGUUUAAGUUUGAGGUUAAAAAGGAUGAUGAAGAAGAUAGCUACUAUGAUGCAGUGGCUAGUUUAUGA